GUUUUUUGUGCGUUUUGUGCUCAUCCGUGAUUAUUUAAGAAAAAGGUUUUAGUGUUUGGAAAAUCGAAAAAUACUAAACGCUGGCCAAGAAAUGAGCCAACAGUGUAACAAUAAUGAUGCUGAUCUCGAUAUCGGUGAAUUGAGUGUUGAAGUUGAACCUAUUCUAGAUGACGAACUAAAUGUGGACGGUUCUUUGGUAGAAGAACUCGACGAUGCUUACGCCUACGAAUAUUUUCGAAAAUUUGAGCCCAAUCCCUACUAUGAUGGAAAUUCAUUAAUGCCUGUUGAUGAUGGUUCGGCUAAAUCUUCCAACGCCCUAAGGCAACAUUGCAAAGAAAGAGGGUUGAGCUUUAUACGCCAAAAUGGUAUUGAACAACCGGCACGCCAAAUCAAGGAGGCAUGCAUCUGCCGCAGACUUUGCUAUAUGAAAUUUUUGGACGACAUACGGAGUAAACUUUUGAGCAACUUGCUGGGACUUUCUGCUGAAGGUCAAAUUAUGUUUCUAUCCAGUCACAUAACAACUGUUGCGGUACGACGUCCAAGUUUCAAGUAUUGCCGUAGAAAAUCAGUCCACAUCUACCACUUACCAUCAAAUUCCGGGCGAAUACAAGUGUGUAUGCGGAUGUUUGCCAAUACUUUUGAUAUCACUGACAAAAAGCUUCGAAUAUUGAACGAAAAGAUCCACACUGGAAGUUAUGAUUAUCUCGCUAAUAAGUCAACCACACAUGUACCGAACGACGAUGUAACACCACUUCCGAGUGCUUCGAACUGUGAUGACGAGGAAGCGGAACCUGAAGAAGAUUCGGAACCAUACGAAUCUCAUGCAAGCAUCGAUUUUAUCGAAAUUCCACAAAUGAGGGACCUGGGUGACAUGGAGGAGUAUUUUCUACGGUACGAAACCGACGUGGACUUUCAAUCUCGGACAGAUCACUCGAUACUCCAAUCAAAGCUAGGAAAACAAACAGUCAAAAAAAUGCUAGCUGAAAGGCAGUAUAGAAAAGCAAAGGGCUACAGGUACAUUCGGCGCGAUGGAACAGAAGCUCCAGCAAGAAAAUUGAAACCAGCAUGCUCGUGCAGGCUCAUGUGCUGCCGGAAAAUUUCAAACGACGCACGCCAGGUGCUGUUGAACAACCUGCUGAACUUGUCAGUUGAGGGACAGGAAAAUUUAAUUUACAGUCACAUGCAUUUGAAGAAUACAACGCACAAAAAGAAUUGGAUGGACCAUUUCUUGCCGACCACAUCAGGACUUGUCAAAGUGUGCAAAGUAAUGUUCUUGAACACGUUUGACUUAAGCGAGAAGAAAAUGCGCGUGCUUCUAGCCAAGAAGCGUCGGGAAAAUCAAGACGUGCUUGGCGUUGAUAACCCGGAAGAAGCAGCAGUAGAUUUGGAACCAAGUUUACCACGGAGGAAUGUCGCCGCGUGUGAAGAAGAUACUCGUGAUGAUAUUCCGAAAAAGGAGGCAGAUGAUGAAAUUGAAAUCGAACAUUCGUAUGAACUUUUAAAAGCAGAGUCUGAAGAUGAAAGCAAUGACAGCAAUAUUGCUGUUGAUGAAGAAUCAGUCCCUGCUCUGGAAGAAGCAUUAAAAAGUGCUGCACAGCAUAAUUGUACUGUUGUGUCCAUCCCAGGCACGGAAGUAGCACUUGACGAUGAUUUUCUAGACCAGUAUUUUUAUCGAUAUGAAACUAACUUUGGUCUGGAAGAGCCAACAAAUAACAAAGCCAAAUGCAAGAAUAAAUUGGUCCCAACUGAUACAGAUAACACUUUUCAACCUUGUUCUUGCGUUACGUAUGGAUGUUCUUCCUGGUUUACGAAAGAUCUACAUCAAAAGAUGUUCAGCCGAUAUUCCAGACUAUCUGCUUUGAACAAAAAACGUUUCCUAUACCGACACAUAAGAAAAGAAAACAAACAGCGGAAUAACAAAUACCAAUCCAGGCGUAAUUUCAGUAUGUACUAUUUCCUACCGACGAAAAAAGGCCACGUAAAAGUGUGCAAAGUAAUGUUCAUGAACACAUUCAAAGUUACUGACAGGAAACUACGAAGCAUUGUCGGUAGCGAAAAAUAUGCAGAGCCUCCGAAAGGCGUUACUACGAAGGAAGAAAAUACGUACGUCCAAGAGGAACCGGCUGAUGUGGUCAACGCUGACGUUGUUUUUUUGGAAAAGGUUUCCUGCGAUGUUGCACAAAAAGAUGCUGACAUCAUAUCAGAUUCCGGCACCGAUAAUGUAAAGAACUCUGUUCCGCUUGAAACCUUGAUAAGCCAGCAUUUCUAUGGAGGAAGCGAUGAAGCAGUGAAAGCAGAGACAGGUGAUGAAACGGAAAUCAAUCGUUCUCAGGAAGGUUUCAAACCAGAGUCCGAAGAUGCAAUAAAUGAGAACAAUAGCAUGGCUGUGGAUGAAGAGUUAGAUAUCCCUGCUUUAAAUGAACCAAUGGAAAAUACUGAACAGGGCAAUUGCAUAUUUGAAGGCAUGUCACAACUGGAAGAAGAAAGUGACGAUGUUUUCCUAGAUCAGUAUUUUUAUCGUUAUGAAACCAACUUUGGUCAGGAAGAGCCAACUAAAAACAAAGACAAGUCGAUGAGGAAGUGUUGGUCCUUUAACGAAGCUGAUGAAAGACCCUCUGAACCAUGCACUUGUGUCACGUUCAACUGUUCUUCCUGGUUUACGGAUGAUCUACGCCAAAAGAUGUUUACCCGAUAUGCCAGACUAUCUCCCUUGAAUAAAAAACGUUUCUUGUACCGACACAUAAGGAAAGAGCAUAAACGGCGGAAUAAUAAAUACCAAUCCAGGCGUAAUUUUAGUAUGUUUUACUUUGUUCCAACGAAGAAAGGCUACGUAAAAGUGUGCAAAGUGAUGUUCAUGAACACAUUCAAAGUUACUGACAAAAAACUUAGAACAAUAGUUUUUAGUGGAAAAUUUUCCGAUCCAUCGGAAGAAACUACCAAUGAAGAUCAUACUUGCAUCAAACUGGAUCCGGACGAUUUCUUAAUCGACAUCGAUGAGAAUUUUAUGGGAGAAGUUUCUAAUGAUAUUUCAUGCAAUGAUGCUGAUAAAACAGCCCAACUAAAUUCAAUGAUCGAAAUAGAUCCAGAGUCGUGUUCAACUAAUCAAUAUUCAAAUGUAACCGAUGAUUCGACAGAAAGCUGCGAUGAAGACGACAAACUGCCUUCCAACGAUAUUGACAACGUUGUUGGUGUUGCAGUAACAUGUUCUAAACAACUACAGCCAGUAGUAGACUUGGAUGACAAUUUCCUAACCGAAUAUUUUAUUCGGUAUGAGACCAACUCGGAAAAACCAGAACCAGCAAUCGGUAAACCCAGGAAAAUUUGGAUCAAACACGAUACGUCCGGUGCAAUCCUGCCACCGUGUUCAUGUCCCAGAAAAUGUUAUGCCCUAUAUCCAGACGAUGUACGUCGGGAAAUUUAUACUCGAUUUACAAAACUAUCCACUCUAAACCAAAAACGUUUCCUGUUCCGACACAUUAGACUGGACAAUCCACAUAGGAGAAAAAAGAACGCAUAUUCAAGGCGUCAGAAAAGCUGGUUCUAUUAUCUACCGGCCAAAUCAGGGCAUGUCAAAAUUUGUAGGGUGAUGUUCAUGAGCACCUUUAAAGUUACCGAGAAAAAGCUACGACACUUGGUCCAAAGGAAACAGUUUGCGGAGCAUGCAUCCGACGAAGACGACCAAAAUGCUCAACACGUGUCAACAAAUGUCAGAUACGGUAGUCCUUGUGAUGAUCUAAGCGAAGAUCAUAAUCUUCGAACGGAAGGAAUAGAUAAUGCAUCAAACCAAACCAAAACCGAACAUUUAACAGAAGAAUAUUCAGAAUACGAAAACUACUUUUCAGAAGUGUCCGAAUCAGCAGUUGAACCACUUCUCUCUAUUCUGGGUUGUAGUAUGAAUGAAGUGAAUCGCUUCCAUAGUGAUACAUCCACCGUGGCAGAGUUGGAUGAAAACUUUCUCCUUGAAUACUUCCAUCAUUUUGGCAGUAAUGUUGCGGGAGAAAAACUGGGAACAAAAUUAGAAAGCCAUGGCAAUACUUUUCCCGCUCCCAAAAUCCUACCGCCUAUCGCCUGUGCUUGCCAUAGAAAGUGCCACAUUAAAUUUCCGGACAAAAUUCGUCAAAUGAUUCUCGAUCGAUACGCUGAAUUGUCCGUUGAAAAUCGGUUUCACUUUCUGACAAGCCAUGUUAAAAAGGAGACACCGGUUCACAGUGUGGAUGAGCAAUCGACACAAUCUCCCACAUGUUUCUACUAUCUUCCGAGCAAAUCCGGUCACAUUAAGGUUUGCAACAUUAUGUUCCUCAACACGUUCAAUAUCAAUGAAAAUGAACUCCGGGAACUCAUAUUUUGCGAACCUGGGUCAAGUCAGGUUGACGGCAAUGUAAAAAUUAAGGACAAUCCAAUAGAAAUCAAAACAGAGCAUCACUCACCCUUGGACAUCAAGAUUGAAAACGACUCCGAAUCCGAAAAGUCCACCGAAAUGAUUGUAGGAGACUAUGACUAUGGACAGAAAGACGAUCAUUCCAAUUCUCUGCCGGAACAACUGCUCAUUGAUGAAAACAAUGGACAAAUGUGUAUGCCUGGAACCUCGCGACAAAAUGAAACCAACUCAAAGCAGCCAGAAAAAAUGAGUAAUGGUGCUAUUCGUUUUGCGAAAGAACACAUUUGCAGUUUCCCGAGGAUUACAUCCCAUUUCUGUCAGGUGGUUAGUAAGACAAAGUAUCUUUCUUGCUUCCUAGAUGUAACAAGCAUGUACAUAGCGUACAUCAAUGCGUGCACAGAAUCGUUCAAAGAACCUGUCCCUAGUAAGGUCUACACUGCAAUACUGCAAAAUGAACGAACCAAGGAUCCAGCAUUGCCAUCUACGUGCGAUGUCUGCCAACACGUGGAACAAUUAGAUCCCACUGAAGACAAUAGCAAGUUUUGGUAUGAAGAUGUAGAUGCGCAGAACGAUAAAGGUCAAUAAAGAUAAACUAAUUGAAAAGUAGUUAUAGGAAAUACACGCCACAACUUGUCCUCACAGAUCGAAAAAAGGCUCCCUUUAUUUUUUAAUACACCGAAUUACAUAAACAAGUUAAAUUCUACGGAGCUACCGAAUGACCGAAACGAAGUGGAGUAUGACGAAUCAGCGGCACACCUCAAUAGUAGUUCUUCAUGAAUAAGUAGUAAGGCCAGAGCAAAUCAUAAGUUUAAAUUUUGUCUCCCCCCCCCCCUAAAAUUUCAGAAAAUCAUUAAGGAGAAAAUAAAAAAAAUAUAC